AACAGCUUUUACUCGGAAUGAAAAAAAAAUAUAAAUGAUCGGUAAAAACUCACAAAUGUGUAUACAUUUUCCUUCUUUAAGCAUUUUAUUUGACAAAUAGGAAGAUAUAAGGUUGCAGAUAUCAACUUUUGAUAAAAUGGUAAAGAACCAUGGAGGAACGAAGCCAGUUAAUACCGCUGAGAGAUCUUAUCCGAGAAACUGUAAAUGGGUACGUAUUUUGGUCCCUGUUUCAAGGCUUGGGCCCAAUGAUAUGGUUUUAUCCAUUGAAUGAGCUCGACAUUUCUGGAUAUGAAGCAUUUGCUGCAACAUGGUUUAGUCCUAUUCUGUUUGCAAUUCCCGGUGUGAUGUCACUGGUUCAGAAUAGAUGGGUCCUAGGACUGCUUCGAUUGCUGAUGGUCGGGUCACUAGCUUCCUUUCAGGCUCCCACCACAUUAAGUAGACUGAUGAUCCUAGCCGGAGGAGCUGGAGUUUCUAUGUUAGUUCUGGCAGCCACUCUGUGGAGUCCUGAUGUUAAAAUUAGGUCAUCCACAUUCUGGGGCCUCUUUCUGGGUCUGUUAUCAUUGGUUACCAGCAGGGUGUGGUUUGUCUCCUUCAUGCCCACAUGGUGGAGUAACCAGACUAACUCGGCCAUCAUUACGCUUGCUGCUAUUGCCACGAUAGACCAAAUUCUCUCAGGUGCUGAUGUCAUAAACAGCAGAGACAAGGUGAAGCCAGACCAACCGUACUGGUUCCCGACAGCUGUUGGGCUGGGAAGUCUCAUCUACCUUACACACUGGUGCUUUGGGGAGGUUUCCUUGGUAACAAGAUGGGUUAUUACCGGCUUUCCUGACCAUGGACCCACACCAUAUUAUGGAGGGGUUGGAGUAUUCUUGUGUCUUAUUUGUGGAUUUUACAUGUCAGGAUGUCGUCAUGUAGCUCAGAGUAAAAUCUGGUGGUUGAUUGGUGCACUGUCUUUGGCUGGGCUCUACUAUUUACCCACGUAUCAGGGAUACACAGGAGGUCUUGUAUUAGCUGUAUACACCAUGUCUAUCUGGCCGGAAAUGGCCGACAGAGUCAGCAGAUGUCCUCCAGCAAGGUCACUGUUAGUUGCCAUAGUAACCUAUCUGGUGGAGAUCUUUUUCUUUGUGUGGACGGUAGCCUACAACUUUGUGCCGGGUGGAGUUUACACAAGGGAACACACUGACUUUCUGAUGGCUGCUGUCAUGUUAGGCAUUUUUGUUGGACUUUUUGUUGGUAAAUCGUUUGACCAGAGUUUCACCGCUCUACCUGUAAUAGAAAAGAAAAGGAUUUCGUUGUCCAAGGUCCACCUUUUAUUGGGUCUCAUCCUAUGCUCAGGCCUGGCAGGGUUUGCUACACGAUACAGACAGCAGGAGUUCUCUCCUCCUUCCCAGGCCGAGCCUGGUGAAUUUUCUGCCAUGAUUUGGACCUAUCACUUUGGUUAUGACAACAGAGGCUGGCCAAGUCUGGAGCGCUCGGCUAAACUCAUCAAUGAAACAGGAGCAGAUUUUGUGACCCUCUUGGAGAGUGAUGCCUCCAAACCAUUCCUUGGGAACAAUGACCUUGGGAUGUGGUUAGGAGAGAAGCUGGGGAUGUAUGUGGACUUUGGACCUGCCACCAAGACACACACAUGGGGGAACUUGAUUUUGUCCAAAUAUCCAAUAGUCAAGUCAACUCAUCAUCUACUUCCUUCACCACAUGGUGAGCUAGCUCCAGCCAUUACUGCGACAGUGGACGUGGGAGGCAGACAUGUUGACUUUGUGGUGACACACAUGGGGAAUGACCGCGACAUCCUAGACCGAAAACUACAGGCCAAAUUCCUGGCAAACGAACUAAAACAGAGCAAGAAUCCAGUGGUUUUCCUUGGCUAUGUGACCUCAGCACCUGGUAGUCGUGACUACCAUGAACUUCUGACAAAUGGCAAUGUCAAGGACAUUGAUGAAACAGACAGAGACAGAUGGUGUGAAUACAUCAUGUACAGGGGUCUCCAAAAGCUUGGCUAUGCUCGCAUUACACAUGGUGGCCUGAGUGACACGGAGGUCCAAAUAGCUAAGUUCCACAUUCCAGACAAUCCGGAUAACUACAAAGACAAUACCAGGCUAACCACAGACCCCUCCAAAGUGGACAGCCAUGUUCACUUCAAUAAAAGGUUUGGAUCCUUUCACCGUGGUCAUGGUUAUUUCUCUGACCACAAAUUCCAUAUGAGCACUCCCAAAUACUUCCUGCCAUAGUGUCAGCCAUAGCUUGCCAUUCCAGACUCCAUCUUUGUCAAUCAGCCACUGACAGAGCUAAAGAUAGCAUGUGCUUCUUUAAUGUGAUCAAAUUCUGAGAUCCUACUUAAAGAUUUCUGGCCAAAGUGGAUUAUAGCUUUUCAACUUCCAAAAUCUCUUUGCAUGUGUUUCUAUGCAAAAUAACCUUUUACUUUAUAAAUGAGAGUGAGAGAGGGAGAAAAAGAGAGGAAAGAAGGGAAGGGAGAGAGAUAGCUAAUGAUAUGAUACUCAAGAGUCAAUUGCUUCAAUUUUGUCCAUGGGAAUAGGUGUUUUGUAACAUACAUACAUGUAUACAUGAAACUUCAGUGAAGUGAGGAAGAAUGUCAUCACUACCAAAUCACUAUUUAAUCUUGAGAUAUUGUUUUCAUUUUUAUGCUGAAAGUACAGAUGGAUGAGUGAUUUUAAAAUGACAAUUCAUUCCAUGAUAUGCGUUUUGUUUCAGAUAUUUUGUAAGCUGUUAUGUCUUUUGUUUCUUUUUAUAUUUUCAUGCAAAAGAAAAAAAAGGAUGAAAAAAAAAAUUAAUAUGUUUAUAAG